AUGGAAGCUGACGGGUAUGACGGUCAGGGAGAAGGAAGUUCUACGGGGUUGACUAAUCGGGUGGUAGCCCCUGGGGAAGCUAUUGCCUCGUCAAAAGAGUAUAUGAGAGGACACGGGACCUAUGUCGAAGAUGAUCAAGUCGUUUCUAGUAUAGCUGGCACUAUAGAAAGAGUGAACAAACUCGUCUCUGUCCGAGCUCUCAAAUCGAGAUAUACUCCCGAAGUUGGAGAUUUGGUCGUUGGUCGGAUAGUUGAAGUGGGGAGUUUGAGAUGGAAGGUUGAUGCUCAUGCGAGACAAGAUGCGAUUUUGAUGCUUUCCAGUGUUAACCUUCCUGGAGGGGUGCAGAGAAGGAAGAUAGAAUCGGACGCUCUGAAAAUGCGAGAAUUCCUAGCGGAGGGUGAUUUACUUGUGGCCGAAGUCCAAGCGUUCUUUCAAGAUGGAGCCAUGUCUUUACAUACUCGGUCACUCCGAUAUGGCAAGUUGCGAAACGGUCUAUUACUCUCUGUCCAACCACGUCUCAUCCGUCGGUUGAAAUCUCACUUUCAUCAUCUCCCCCCACCUCUUGGACCAAGCGGAGUGGACGUCAUUCUCGGAUUAAACGGUUACAUAUGGGUAGCAGCUGGGACCACAGCCGAGCGUCGUGAAGGUGGCGAAGGUUUCGAUGCUGAAGGUGUGUAUAGUGAUAAGAACGACGACAUUCCGCCGGAAGGAAGAGAAGCUAUCUCUCUCGUGGCUAAUAUGAUCCAAUUAUUCGCUUUUCAUAACAUUCCCUUAUCCGAUACGCUCUUACAUGAUGGAUCAUCCUGGUUACAAAAUGCUGGUCAUGUAGGUGGAUCAAUAUCGUCUGAGGUUGCUGCGAGAAUGUUGGAAGAGGUAGUAGGGAUAAGUAUUGCUAUCGUAUGA